AUAGAUCUUGAUAGUGGCCAAAAUGGUGCCGUAACUUAUCAACUAGCAGAGGCAUCAGAACUGUUUGAGAUAUCUCCUUCAUCAGGUGAAAUUAUCCUCAUCGGAACAUUGAAUUUUGAAGAAUCCGCAAGCUAUCAGUUAAGAGUGCGAGCCUAUGAUGGUGGAGUACCUCGUAUGGAAAGCGAGGAGGAAGUGAUCAUUACAGUAGGAGAUGUUCAAGAUUCUGAUCCGGUGUUUGUCAACAUACCCUACUCACCUACGGUAGAUGAGGAAACAUCAGUUGGAAGUGUUGUUCAGGUAGUUAGUGCAGAAGAUCAAGACGUUGACAAUCCAAAUAUAAUUCAGUAUAGCAUUAUUUCAGGGAAUGAACAGGGGUUCUUCAGCAUUAACGCAUCAACAGGAGUGUUGACUUUGGCCAAUAUGAUUGAUCUGGAGUCGGGUGCACCAUCAACUUUUACAGUUGUGGUCAGGGCAACAGAAAUAGGGCCAACAGGAGGUGCUAGCGCCAUCACAGAAUUCACAAUCCGUGUUGCUGAUGUGAACGACAACCUCCCCAUUUUUAAUGCACCAAUUUAUGUUGAAACUAUCUCUGAACUUUCACCUGUGAACACGCCUUUGAAUCUGGGCAUAUCGGUCAACGACACAGAUACGGGCAUUAAUUCUGCGUAUUCGAUCAGUCUAAGAGGAACCAACAGAAACCUGUUCAGUGUGGCCCCUACCAGUGGUAUUGGACUGUCCAUGCCUGUUGUAAGCUUAGCAAGUACAUUGGAUUAUGAGACAAGCAGUAGUUACACUGUUGAGAUUUAUGCAACAGAUGCAAAUGAUCCAACAAAGGAAACCUCAUCGACAAUCAUUGUUAAUCUGAUGAAUGAGAACGAUAACUCGCCUUUCUUUUCCCCACAAUCAUAUCUUGUUAACAUACUUGAAAACGUGACUGUGGGAGCAAUGGUGUUGCGAGUCACAGCAACAGAUAAUGAUGGCGAUCUAGUGACUUAUGAAAUUUCGGAUAAUCCCAGUUUUAAAAUUGAUGCUGUUAGUGGAAAUAUAACGACAACCCAGGAAUUGAAUUAUGAGGACUCAACUCAACAUAUCUUUACCGUACUGGCUUCAGAUAAUAGGAAUCCACCAAGAACAGCAACUGCACAAGUAAUAGUAAACGUUGAGAAUGUCAAUGAUAAUGCGCCACAAUUCCCGCGUGAUCGCUACGAUUUGAACACUUUUGAGAAUGAGAAUUAUGGGCCUGGUAACCCGCUUUGGACUCUCGAGGCUACCGAUUCUGAUAUGGACCCCACCAAUCUACCAUUGUACAGCUUCCUAGUGACAAGUCCUAAUGGAGACACCAUGAAAGUCUUGGAGUACAUGGGUCUGCGUAUUGAGACAGUGUCCGGCGUGGGUUACAUCUAUACAACAUCCCCAAUAGAUUAUGACGUCCUAGAUGGGUCGAUUUUAGUUACUGUUAUCGCUGAGGAUUCUGAUGGUUUAUCGGACACAGCAACUCUUAACAUUAUUGUCUUGGAUACGAACGACAAUGCCCCAGUGUUUAACCAAUCAUCAUAUUCCUUCACAAUUCCCGAGAACAUACCUCCUGGUCAGAGCGUAUUUCAGGUUGUAGCUACUGAUGGCGAUAGAUCACCACAGUACGGUACACCCUCUCUCCGCUACUACAUCAGUCCACCAAGCUCCACCUUCUCAAUAUUUCAAUCCACCGGGCAGAUCUUGACUGUGAGAUCUUUGGAUUAUGAGGCUGGUGAUACAAGUUAUGAAUUGCAGGUGAUAGCCAUUGACAGCUUUCAACCCAAUGAGAUGACCGGCACAACUACUGUUAGUAUCACCAUAGAAGAUGUCAACGAUAAUGAUCCACAGUUUAACCCCAUUUUGCAGCAAGUGACGGUGAUGGAAGAGCAAGGCACUGGGGUCUUCGUUGCUGAUGUCAAUGCCUUUGACAGGGAUAGUGCGGGUCCCAACGGAGACAUCACAUAUUCUAUCAUUAGUGGAGACAGUGAGGGGGAAUUUACAAUUGAUGGAAUGACUGGAGAGAUAAGAACAACCGCAGUAUUGAACUAUGAAAACACUCAGUCUUACACUCUCCGCAUUUUGGCCGAAAACAACGCCACAGCUGUUCCACCUGCGUCUGGUUCAUCUACUGGAACAGUGAUUGUGUCUGUUGUGGAUAUAAAUGAUAACAGCCCUGAGUUUGUAGGUGUACCUUAUGCUUUUGAGGUAUCAGAGGACCGGUCACCAGUUAGUACCAUAGGGGUUGUAUCGGCAGUAGACCGAGAUUCAGGCGUGAAUGGGGACAUUACUUAUAGCAUAGUAGCUGGAAAUAUAGAAAACUCUGCUGUUGUAUUCCAAGUGGAUCCGAAUUCAGGGGAAGUUACACUUCUCCGGAGUCUUGACCGUGAAACUAGACCGUCUUACUCAUUGACCAUACAAGCGGCCGAUGGCGGAGCAUCACCACGUAUUGCUUUAGUUAACGUGCCAGUGACAGUUCUUGAUGUUAAUGAUAACAGUCCCGUCUGGAUUCAAAAUACGUAUGAUGUUAGCAUUACGGAAAAUUCAGCAGCAGAAGAAGUUGUUCAGGUCAUAGCAACUGACGCAGAUAUUGGUCAGAACUCGAGAUUGAUUUAUCAAAUUCUUUCUCCAAGUCCAUACUUCACCAUCAACAAUGAAACCGGCCAGAUAUCAACGACUGGACCAAUUGACCGUGAAGCAGAGAGUACCAUUAACCUUGUUGUCAGUGUCAGUGACAGUGGUUUCCCAUCACGUCAGGCCACACCCUUUGCUCAGGUGAACUUUGAAAUUAUCGACAUGAAUGACAAUGUUCCGAUGUUCGAGCAAUUAAAUUAUGUGUUCGAAGUCGAAGAAAAUCAACCAAAUGGAACAAUAGUUGGGCAGAUUUCAGCAACUGACUUGGAUCCAAGUGAUGAUUUAACAUAUUCCUUGCAAGGUUUUGAUGAAGUGUUUUCAAUAGACUCCAACUCUGGUAAUAUCACCACACUUAAGCCACUCAACCAGGAGGAUGUGUCAUCGUAUACUCUGAUUGGUCGUGUCUCUGAUGGACUAAACAUUGGCCAGGCCAACAUCGUUAUUACAGUAAUAGAUUUAAAUGAUAACGUUCCGGUGCUGAAUAUUCAAAGUCAGAAUGUAACCGUAUCAGAGGGUGAUCCUUCAGGGACAUUUGUUACCAGAGUUAGUGCAAGUGAUGAGGAUUCUCACUCACCAAUUACAUCAUUUUCAAUCACCAAUGGGAACGUAAACAAUGCAUUCAUCAUUAAGUCUUCCGGUGAAAUUGAAACGUUGCAGUCGUUAGACCGUGAGGUAAUUCCAUACUACUCACUGACAAUCGAAGCUACCGAUAGGGAGAUUUCCGGUGUUCAGCAUACAGGAACAGGGACCGUUGGCAUUAUUGUUACGGAUGUGAAUGACAAUGGACCAAGGUUUAUCCAGAACUCGUAUUCUAUCAGCGUGCCAGAGAAUGUCAACCAACAGACAUUAGUUACGGUACAAGCAACAGAUGCUGAUGAAGACUUGAAUGCACAAAUCAACUAUCGUAUAAUCCUAGGUAAUAUUAACAACGCUUUUGAAAUCGACUCAAUCACUGGAGCCAUUCGUAGAGGGCGUGCACCUUUGGACCGUGAAUUCAUUGAUGCGUACUCACUUGAGGUUGAGGCAUCAAAUCCACGAAGCAAUCUCCCUCCUGAUUAUGUGCGCGUUAAUAUUGCUGUUGAAGACAUCAACGAUGAGGUUCCAGUGUUUAGCCAGUUGGUCUACCAGCGUAUAAACCUGGAUGAGAACUCUCCAGUGGGGACAUUCGUCAUCUCAGUCAUUGCAACAGAUUCAGAUACUGGUGCAGGAGGAGAGGUUAAAUAUUUCAUUGAUCAAGGAAAUGAAGAUGGUAAAUUUUUCUUGGAUGAGGAUACUGGAGAAAUCACUGUAGCAAACCCUUUGAACUUUGAAUCAGUUAGUAAUUACACUCUUGUGAUCAGUGCAAGAGAUCAAGCCUUACCGUUCAACAAUGGUACGUCUACAGUUAUUAUCCAACUUAGCAACGUCAAUGAGCAGACACAGUUCUCACAGACACAGUAUCGAGAAGCAGUACCUGAAGACACUCCUCCUGGUACCGUAGUCUUGCAGGUAUUUGCCACUGACCCUGACAAUAGCGCCAUCAUCUACAGUAUCAGCUCCAACGCCCCUUCCUCCAUACGUAACCUCUUUACAAUUAACUCAACAACAGGUGAGAUCAAAACAAGUGGACCGCUAGACAGAGAAGACACUGACCUUUAUACUUUCAAUGUGUUAGCCUCUGAUGGCGGUGCUGGGGAAGGAUCAGCAGAAGUUCGCAUUGAUGUUGUAGAUGUGAAUGACAAUACACCAACAUUUGAUGUAGGUCCAGUUGUCCUCGUCAGUAUCCCUGAGAAUGUAGAUGCAAAUUACCCGGUGACAUCAUUCCGGGCAACUGACCCUGAUGCAGAUGUUAACGGACAGGUCACAUACAGAAUUGAAUCAGGAAAUAAUCCAACAACAUUUUACCUUGAUGAGGGCAGCAAUAACCUGAUUCAGAUGAGAACCAGUCGAUUGCUAGACAGGGAAGAGCAAAUGGAAUACAGUAUUGUGGUGGUUGUGUCUGAUGCUGGUAGGCCUUCGUUGAAUAACUCAAUCAGAAUAAAUGUGACUGUGGAAGAUGUGAACGACAACCCACCGCAAUUCGCAGAAAACUCAUAUACUGGCCGUAUCAAUGAGAAUGCAGCUGAAGGAGCACCUGUUGUGAAUGUGUCCGCAACCGAUGUUGAUGCAGGUAACAAUGCUCGUCUCACAUACUUCAUUGUGUCCGGUAACCAAGGAAAUGCAUUUGAAAUUGACCGGAAUACGGGAGAAAUUACUACAUCAUCAAAUCCAACGGACAGGGAACAGCUUCCAGUCUAUAACCUCAUGGUUCAGGUCACAGAUGACGGUAUUCCUCAGUUCUCAGAUUCUGUCCCGGUAACUAUCAUCAUUUUAGACGAGAAUGAUAACACUCCAACGUUUGACCCAGCUUCUGUAACCUACACGAUCCCAGAAGGCCCAGCAUCACUAGGCAUAACCUUUGGACCAAUCACAGCCAACGAUGAUGAUAAUGGUGAAAACGGACGUGUUCUAUACAUGCUUCUUGAUGGAAAUGGAACAUUCGUCAUAAAUUCUGGAACAGGUUUGUUAAUGGUUGUGUCUGAGUUGGACCGUGAGACUGCUGCAAGUUAUGUUUUAACUGUUAUUGGAGUUGACCAGGCAGUUAAUGAGGCUGACAGGCUAACAGGAACAGCUACAGUGACAGUGAUCGUCGAGGACUUGAAUGACAAUGCACCCUCAUUUGAGCAACCAUCAUAUGGACCAGUGGAUAUUGGUGAAGAACAGCAAGGACAGGUCAUUGGUGUUUACACAGCAACAGACGAUGAUGAAAUGCCUGUCAUUACUUACAGUAUCGACAGCAUGUCACAGGGUUUGUUUGAGAUUAAUCCAAAUACAGGUGUUUUAAUGUUAAGACCAGGUGUAACACUUGAUUAUGAAUCAGAAACAUCCCACGUGAUUAUUAUCACAGCAAGUGAUGACGGCAACCCACCACUAACAGGAAUGACAUUGGUUACCGUGAGUGUGACCAACAUAAACGACAACACCCCAGAGUUUGAAGGUGCGCCAUAUGCAGCAGCUGUUGAUGAUGACUCGCCACCAGACACUGUCAUCACCCAGAUUACAGCCAACGAUGCAGAUAAUCAGACAGGUGGUCUCUGGUAUGACAUCAUUCAAGGAAAUCCUGAUGGAUUGUUCCGAAUUGACCCCAUGACUGGUAUUGUGUACUUGAAUCAAUCUGCUGGUAACUAUGGUGGUGAGAUGUUUUCAUUGACAGUUGAAGUAAGCGAUAACCCAGCAGAUCCAAGCAAUGCUCAAACUAGCAUAGCAACCUUGACAGUGACGGUUGUAUCUGUGGAGAAACCACCAGAAUUGACUUCUUCAUUGUUCAUUGGCAGUGUUGAUGAGGGAGUUGCAGGAGCACCAGUAACAAUGGUUCCUGUCAUCAGUGUGUUAGGUGAUCCUUCUAAGGUGACAUAUUCAGUCACUGGUCCAGAUUCAGAUUACUUUAACAUUGACCCAGCAACAGGCCAACUGACUACCAACAGCUCUCUUGAUGCCGAUACGAAAAACCUCUAUGACUUUGAAAUCGUCGCAACAAACUCAAAAGGCGAGACAGACACUGCAGAUGUUCAAGUAAUUAUUACCAACCUCAAUGACAACUUCCCUGUGUUCCUUCCACCUCAGAUGAGCAUUAAUAUAUCCGAAGGGACAGUUGGUGGUGAUAUCAUUGGUCAAGUGAAUGCUUCUGAUCCUGAUGGAUUCCCAAUUACUUACUUUAUUUCCAGUGGCAGUGAGGGAAAAUUUAUCAUAGAUCCCAAUACUGGUGAAAUUAGAGUUGCACCUGGAGAGACCAUUGAUGGCACGUCGUCAUACACACUUACCAUAUCGGCAAUUGAUGGAGGAAACCCAUCCCAGACUGCCACUUCAGUCAUUACCAUCAAUGUAGAGAACGUCAAUAACAGUCCACCGUACUUCCCAUCUGAUCAACUGUACCGUGUCGUUAUAAUUCCUGAAGAUACCCCAGUUGGUAAGAACGUGGUUAACAUUACGGCUAUGGAUGACGAUAAUGAUGCUGAUCUCGAGUACACAAUUACGGACAGCGUAAUGUAUGACAGCGCCGGACGAGAAGUCAUGCCAUCAACAACCGCUAGAUCAAACACUCAGAACUUAUUUGUCCUCAAUUCACAGACAGGAGCACUGACUGUUGACAUGGGUCUGGACCGUGAACUUGUGGAAACAGUCAGGUUGACCAUUGAAGCAACUGACAAGAAUUCUGUUGACCAGAGUCAAGCUGAUAGCGUUAUUGAUGCGAUUGUUCUAAUUCAAAUUACCGACAUCAACGACAACACUCCUGUUAUUGAGCAGAUCAAUGUCACAGCAUUGGUCAUUGAUGUUACUGAAAAUGAGGAACGUGGGACGCUUCUUACAACGAUUGUUGCCAGUGAUGCAGACAAGGAUGCCAAUGGCAUGUUGGAGUAUCUUCUUGUUGAUGAAGACACUGGUCUUGUUGGCCUGAUCAGGGAAACAGGUCAUUUAGUUGUAAAUGGUGAAAUAGACUAUGAGCAAGUCCAGUGGUUCAACUUUACUGUGCGAGUGCAAGAUAUGGGAAUGCCCCCAUUGUUUACAUCAAUCCCAGUCUUCAUUCGUGUCAUCGAUGUAAACGAUAACAGUCCAGUUUUCCAAGAUACGCCCUAUGAAACUGUGGUGUCUGAGAGCGCAGGAAUUGGAGAUCCAGUUGGUGUCACUGUACUUGCGACUGACCAGGACAGUGGUUCAUUCGGAGAGGUUGUGUACACACUUAGCGGAGGAAAUGGAAGGUUUAGCAUCGAUCAAAACACUGGUGAGAUUUUUGUAGCUAACCAAUUAGAUGGAAACCAGAAUGAAUAUUUCGUCACAGUAACAGCAACAGAUAACCCUAAUGGAGCCUCGACCGAUCGCUUGACAGCUACUGUAGGGGUUACAAUUGGCGUUGUAAUUGAUAACAAAUUCACCCCAAUUCCUGAUACGUCAACCUACUACUUUGAAAUUGCUGAAAACACACCAGCAUCGACAUUUGUUGGUGAAGUGCAGGCCACUGAUAAUGAUAUUGGACAGGCAGGUGAAUUGACAUAUGCACUUAGUGAUACCAGUCCAGAAUUAAUCCUUUCUCAUCUGAUGAUCAAUGAGAACCUUGGUGUGAUUCUCACCACUGCUCCCUUUGAUCGCGAGGUUCAUGGUGGUCGUCUUGAAUUCACUGUUGUUAUAUCUGACAAUGGUACACCAAGAAAAUCCAGUACUGCAAAUGUGAUACUAACCAUCAAAGACGUGAAUGACAAUCCUCCGGUAUUUGACAGCACAACUUAUUCUGUCAGUGUUCCAGAAGGAUUAGCAAUAGGAUCAUCUGUGUAUACUGUGAUGGCUUCUGAUUCUGAUACUAACAGUAGUGUAACGUACAGCAUAGUUCAGGGAAACACCGGAAAUGCUUUCAUAAUAGAUCCAUCAUCUGGAGAAUUGACCAAUAAUCAAGUGUUGGACUUCGACACUGUUAAUCGCUAUAACUUAACAAUAGCUGCCACUGAUCAGGGCGGUAUGAUUGGAACAACUCAGCUCUACAUUGAUAUCUUGGAUUUGCAGAUUGGAAGUAUUACAUUUUCAGAGACGAUCUACCGUGCCAGCCUUGCUGAAGACGUACCAGUUGAUACCUACGUAAACCAGGUAUUGGUGAAUGACAAUGGGAAACCCGUCAUCGCCACAUUCAGUAUCGUCGAUGGUAACGAGGAUGGCGCUUUCAUUAUCGAUCCCAACACCGGUACCAUUACAACUAACAAAACUCUGGACUCGGAGACUAACUCUCAAUACUUCCUUGUGAUCGAAGCUAAAACCGAUGAUACAAUAGCACAGGCUUUGCUGCAAGUAGUUGUUACUGACGUCAAUGAUCAGGCACCAGUGUUCCAGCAGGCAUCUUACUCUGUCCGCAUACUGGAGAAUACAGAGGUUGGCAUGGAAGUGGAAGAAGUGAUGGCAGUUGACAAAGAUGCUGAUGGUGGUACCAUACUCUACAGCAUCAUAAGUGGAAAUGACAUGGGGCACUUUAGGAUUGACAACACAACAGGUAAAAUUUACCUGAAGAAAAUUCUUCUUGACCGUAUUCCAAUGGACUUUUUGUAUGAGUUGGUGGUCGAAGCUCAAGAUAGUGCCGACUCCCAACUCUCCAGCACCAUUACCGUCUCCAUCGAGAUUAUCGAUAUUAAUGACCAUGCUCCCGUCUUUAUCAUGCCCUCUGAGGGUGAAGUACUCACAGUUCCUGAAAAUGAACCAGUUGGGUAUAUAGUCCUUUAUGUUAGUGCAAUGGAUGUUGAUUUAGGGCGCAAUGCUGAAAUCAGAUACGAUUUCUUGCGUACAGAAGAUGUUAGCCGUGAUUGGGAAAGCUUCACCAUCAAUGCAACAUCUGGUGAAAUUGAAACAAGUGUAGUGUUUGAUAGAGAAGAAAAAGAUCUUUAUACUCUUGUUGUGGUUGCAUCAGACCAAGGCGUAAUUCAGUUGGCAACACCACAUGAGAUAACUGUAUUGAUCUCUGAUAGAGAUGACAAUCUUCCAAUGUUUGAGCAGCUGGUUGCAGGUGUACCUACAGUAGAAACAAUGGAUGUUGAUGAAAACUCACCUGUUGGUACAGUCAUUGGUGUUGUUCCAUCAGCUGCUGACAGAGAUACAGAUGUGUACUCUAAGACUUACUACUACAUUGUUGAAGGAAACUCAGAAAAUCUAUUUUCUAUUAACAAAACAACUGGCCAACUGACUGUAAAUGGUGAGAUUGAUCGUGAAGUGAAGUCUUCGUACCGGAUUGUGGUUAAAGCUAGCAGUGACAGCGACUACACAAUCUCUGGACCCUACAAUGUCACCAGUGAUUUUUCGUUAAAGGAGAUUCUAAUUAACAUCAAUGAUAAGAAUGACAAUGGACCCAAGUUCACUCAAAACCCAUACUUUGCAGCUGUUGCCAUUGAUGCUACUGUGGGAAAAUCCAUAAUCCGUGUGUCUGCGGUGGACGCUGAUGUCGGUGAUGAGACCAUCUUUUAUGACCUUACUUACAGCAUCAUCUUUGAUAAUUCCAUACCUCAACAAGCUCCGAAUUAUUUCAGUAUUGAUAGAGCAACAGGGCUGAUAUUUCUGAACAAGGAAUUGACAUCUGUGAAGACAGGCUAUUUUGAAGUUGGUCUUCUUGCUGAAGAUGCUUCAAAUACAGAUCUUAAAGACAUGUCUGUUCUUCAGGUAAAUCUUCUGAAGAAAAGUGAGCGCAUCAUACUGAUUGUUGAUGCCAGUGUGGAUGUUGUCAGAAGCAAAGAGGUGGAGCUCACUGAGCUGCUGUCUAACAUAACAGGUGGCAUGGCAGUAAUUGACAGCAUUGAAACCUACAUUGAUGCAGAUGGUGUGGCCCACCUGGACCAAUCACAGGUGUCAUUCCAUGUGAUCAAUGAACAGACAGGUGCAGUGGAAGAUGGGGCAGAGAUCGACAAACUAAUCCAAGCCAACUAUUAUGAAAUUCAGAAACUUUUCAGCAUUAGUGAAUAUUAUGCGCUUUCGGAGAUUACCGGAGGAAGUGGUCUGGGAUUCUUUGAGUGGAUGUGGCUCAUCCUUGCCAUCCUCAUCUUCUUAGCUGCCCUCAUUGCAGCUCUGCUCCUGUGUUGCUGUGUUAGAAGGAAAAAAGUGGCUAAGAAUGAAGAUUAUCGCUUGGCAUACUGGAAAGGGAAGAAGGUUCGCAAGGUUGAUGAGUAUGGUAUGGAUGUCUUGAGUAGUGACUCUGGUAUAGGAAGUGAUGAAGCCGAUAGAGGUAAAAAGAAUCUCUAUGAACUACAGGAGGUUACAUUGAACAUGGACAAUGACAUGAAAGACAAUCGCCAGAUCCAGAUGACAUCGUUCAUCACACCGAGUGGUUCAGCUGGAGGCUACGCUAACAGAGGAUAUGAACGAUUGGGAGAGUCAGUGAGCACUGGCAACAUCGCUGUAUCAUCCGCCGCAGGCGGGUUGUCCACAUUUGCUGCUGUGGGGGGAGUCCAUGGUGUGUCCAAUGGCGGCUUUCAUGGUGUGACCAAUGGUGGGUUUAUUCAUAGCCAACAGAAUCUUCAACAGAAUGCUGGAUUUGUUCAUAGUCAACAAAAUCUUCAACAGAAUACUGGAUUUGUUCAUAGCCAACCGAAUCUUCAACAAAACGCUGGGUUUGUCCAAAGCCAACAAAAUCUCCAACAGAAUGGCGGAAUAGCCAGUGUUCACAUACCGGGCCAACAGAAUAUAGCCAUCAGAAACAUAAACCCAGUAUCUACAACCACCUCUUUUUCCUCGCACAGUAACUUUGGUAACUAUUUAGAUGUCGGUGGCACAGGUGUUAGAUCAACAAGACAUUCGGCAGGCAAUCUCAAGAGGGUUGAUUCUGAAGACUCCCUGUUCAGCCAGGGCUCUGUUACUGUUAAAGUUGGAAGUCCUAGCAAUCAAGGUCCAACAGUUCUGAAGAGUACACACUUAAAAACUCCUCUGUCAAGUGAUUGGCAGCAGUCGUCAACCAUCCAUGUUCCUGACCAAGGAAGUGCACACAAUGACAGCUUCCUCUCGGCCAAGAGUGAACCAAAUUUAGUACAACAUCCGAAUGGAUUCCAUAACAAUUCAUUGAAGACCAGGGUAGAGAAAAGGAGCGCAUACAAAGAUGGCAGUUCUGUCCACGAAGAAUAUACACGAACUGAAGAAACGUCAACACGAUUGCUACCUGCAACCUACGUCGGCAACAACCUGGGUAGCACGUCGAUGCUUCAGAACAUGCAUUUUCACGACAUAUCAUCUGAUGAGGACUAUGAUCCAAAAGACAGAUAUGCAUACGCAUACAACGUAGAGGAAGAUCGACUUAGCUUCAGCGACUCCGAUCUUCAAUAGAUCUUUCAGUUAUGGUAAUCAUAACUUUAUUUUUUAAUGCAAUUUGUUAAAAAAAUAUUAAUUUUUUUAUUGCUAAUUAGUAAAGUAUAUGUCUAGCUAUGCAAGUAUAGUAUUUAAACAAUAAGGAUGUACGAGAUAUUUUUCCUACGUUAAAGAAAAAGUGCUGUUUCUGCUACACUGUAUAUUCUCCACACCAAAUACUGUAUAUUCCUUUUUGUGUAUUCUGGGUAUUUAGGGCUGCCAAAGCCUACGUAUUGUGAUCAGCUGGUAAAACGCAAACAUUUUGAGAUUGCACAAAUCACUAAGCUUUGUAGAGACAGUAUAUUUACAGUAAUUCUUACCCAGAUCAAACAAAAAUUUAUGCAAAAAGUAAUAUUUUUUUAGGAAAUGGUGCUUGUUUACUAAGACCCACAAUUUUGUUUGCACUGUAUUGAACAAUUCAAGUUUUUGAUCCAGCUUGAAUAUAUCUCGUAAUAAAUCAAAAUUGAUAUGCCCAUAUUUGGGUGUAAUUUACUUCAUUUUGCCCAUAUAUGGGCACAUCUCACAAAUUUGUCACAUAAAUUUUGAUAGUGGAGUUUACAGUAAAUGUGUAAGACUUGGUUGAGACUGGCUGAAAUAAGACUUUCCCCAUUUCUAUUUGUAGUUCCAUGUAGUAGUGUUACCAUGAUUGAUUGAAAGGGGAAAGUAUAACUUACUCCACUAGAUGUCUCUGUAUUUUCCCAUAAGUUCAUUUUUCAUUCCAGUUUCUAAAGAAACCAAAUGGAGUAUUACCAAAGUAAUUUCUAUUAAAACAUAAAUUAUUGGUGUAUGUUAAAUUAAUAUGUAUUUCUGUACAUCAAACAUAUGAGCUGUGUUACCUAUGAAAUUGUAACCACUGAAAUAAUGAUAGUGAUUUGCAAUUACUGUACUGCAUAAUACACAAAUAUUUAUUUUCUUGAAAAUGUACUAAAGUUGCAGUAGUGAAAAAUCCUGUCCAGUUUUAUUUUUUCUACUUUAUUUUGGGAGGACUGAAGGAUUUCAAAUUUAUAUGCGAUAUAUUUUUUAUAAAGGUAAAGGGAAUGACUGAUAUGGUGUAUGUAUAAAGUUACUAAUAUUUUUUAUAUUUUUAUAGUAGGCCUAUAUAUUGGUAAAACUAAAUUUGUGUUUAUAUUUUAACAAGGCUGAAUAUUUUCUGAUGAAUACAGUAACUCACUUAAUAAAAAACUUAAAAUGAGAUGAAAA